AAAAUUUAUUAGUGUUGUGCGCAGUUUCACCAGCUUUUUACUUAUAUAUUGAAUUAAUAUUGAAGGUUGCGUCAAGGUUUUUUGCACUUUUACUUUCUAGUUUCAAACGAAUUAUCAAAUAGAUAUCGAAUUUAUAAUAGAACAUUCUUGCUUGCGACCACGACAUUCAAACACGUUGAAAGUUGUUGAACGUGUACAGAACACGUUAACCUCAGUUCAAUUCAGUUCGUAAGAUCGGGGAAACCCAGCUGUUUCGUCAAUAUAAGUCGGCAUAUUGUGCCCUUUCGCACCAUAAUGGGGGCACCCAAAGGACAAGCGGAAUAUUUAUUCAAUCCGAGUUUACUCAAAAACUUGGAAUGGAACGAUGUCCGCAACUGCGUGAACCCUUUCAUUACUAAUGAAUCCACAGGGGAAUCCUGGCUCAUCGUCCGUCCUCUCCAACUUGGCGACUAUGCCAAAGGCUUCACUCAGCUUUUAUCCCAGCUCACCAGUGUUGGCAACAUUAGCAAACCACAAUUUGAUAGUCAGUUCUAUGCAAUGCAAAGAUCUGGUGGAUACUAUGUCACUGUAAUAGAGGAUACCAGGAAGGGUGAGAUCAUUGGUGCAGCUACACUUAUCACUGAGUUGAAAUUCAUUCAUGAUUGUGGUCUUCGUGCCAGAUUAGAAGAUGUAGUUGUAAAUAAUACAUAUCGUGGCAAACAGCUUGGAAAGCUGAUUGUGCUUACUGUUUCAUUACUUGCCAAGAAAUUAGGAUGCUAUAAAAUGUCUUUGGAUUGCAAGGAUAGCUUGAUUCCAUUCUAUAAAGCAAUUGGUUAUAAGUGUGAACCUGGCAAUUGUAAUUCUAUGGUGAUAAGAUAUGAGGGCGUCUCUUGACAAUUAGCCGCCAACUCUGCUAAAUCCAAAUUGUGAUCUGUGUUUGCACACCCAUUACACCAGAAGUAGAAGUCUCAUCUUGUAUGCACUAUAUACCAGCAAUAGAUAAAUAAAACUUCAAAUACUUAUGGGACAGAUAGAUCAAUGUUUGGAUGCGGUAGUUUUGGCUGAUGUUUGGCGGGGGCUUCGGAAAUGCCCAAAUGUACUUAAGAUUUACUCAACUUAAUUUUAAUAUUAUUUACUGGUGGAUGGGUAUUGUUUGUGUAGAGUUAUCAAUUCUCAUGUAAUGUAUUGUAGAUAACAUAAUUGUUUGUAGAAAUAUGUAUAAAUUUUCAUAAAUAUAUGGUGGUGUAACUAUUUAAUAUAUAA